UAGUUCAGCUCGAACACAAUUACGCUCCGGUCUACAACACAGGUCACUCUGUCGCUUAGUUUAAAAAAAAAAAAAUAAACUUAAAAAAAAAACAAUAUAAAACAAAUAUAAAGAGCAUCAACACAAACUUUUAUUUUAUUUCGUGGUUUAUUUAUUAUUUCUUUCUAAUUUUCAAUUAGAAAUUUUGUUUCUUCGACGAUUAAAGAAAAUAAUUAUUUUUUCGUAGUUUUCUUCUUUGUGUCGUUCAUAAUUUUUUUUUUUGCAUUUUGACUUCGUUCUCAUAUUUUUGGGAAAAGAAUUAAACACUCUUGUUCCCACUCAAUUUUUAUUCAAAUAAUAACCAUUUAAUUAAUAUUUUGUUUGUCGCGUGUUUUUUUGUAUAAAUAAUCUACACAUAAAAAAAAUAAAUUCAUUUACUGUAAAUAUUAAAUUUUUUUUUUGGACGGGGAAUAUUUUUUUUUUGUUGAUCAAAAAAAUAUUGUGAAUUCAUUUUGUAAAUAAUAUUUUAUUCCAUCGGCCAUUUUAAGUGUGAUCGAGUGAAUAUUUAAAGCCAUCAAUCAAUUAUCAAACUUAUCAUCUUCAACACACACAUUACACGUGAUUCUGUAACAAAAAACAAAAAUCAAAACGAGAACCCUUCAAGGUUUUGCUUUAGAAAUUUGAUUGAUUUUCAUAUCGUGAAUUGAAUUUACAUCAAAACAUAGCCCCAAUUUGUCGAAAUGAUGGCAUCAGCUUUACAAUUUAACAAGCUGCUGUAUGCGACAGCAGCUACAACAAGUGAUGCCCCAAGCGAGACUCAGAGUGAGAUAUCGUCAGCAGAUAGCGGCUGGAGUGACAUACGAGCAAUAGCCGUAAGACUUGGAGUAUCCAAUCCUGAGGACUUGCAUACGGAACGUUUUAAAGUUGACCGUCAUAAGCUUGAGAAUAUGAUAAAAGUUGAGAGUAACAUUGAAGGACUAAAUAGCGCUGAGUAUUUUUUUGAAAGCGUCAUGAAAACAACUGAGACUUAUAUCAGUUGGCCAUGUAGACUCAAAAUUGGAGCCAAGAGCAAAAAGGAUCCCCAUGUUCGCAUAGUUGGCAAACCGGACGAUGUUAAUCGGGCAAAAGAACGAAUCCUGGCAAACCUCGACUCGAGGGGUUCUCGAGUUAUAAUGAAAAUGGACGUCUCCUAUACCGAUCAUUCGUACAUCAUUGGACGUGGUGGUAACAAUAUUAAACGUAUUAUGGAGGACACUGCCACCCAUAUACACUUUCCCGAUUCGAAUCGAUCGAAUCCAACGGAGAAAAGUAAUCAGGUGUCGUUGUGCGGUAGUUUGGAGGGAGUUGAACGUGCUAGGGCAUUAGUGCGUUUAUCAACGCCAUUAUUGAUGUCCUUUGAAUUGCCAAUUAGAGCUGAAGGUGAACCUAUUCCGGAUCAUGAUACUCCAUAUAUAAAGGAGGUUGAAAUUAAAUUUAAUGUUCAGGUCAUUUUUUCAUCAAGACCAAAAUUGCAUUCUUCUUUAGUUUUGGUUAAAGGAUCUGAAAAAGAUGCUGAUAAAGUGCAGGAAGCUACUCAGCUUUUGAUUAAUUGUACUUGUGGAAAACAUGCGGGUGAAAUGUUAGUUCAAAUGCAACUAGAAAUCUCUCCACAACAUCAUGAAAUUGUCAAAGGCAAAAACAAUGGAAAUCUAGUGACCAUUAUGGAGCGUACCAAAACUGAGAUAAGAUUUCCCGAACUUUGCGAUGCUAAUGUUAAACCAAUUAGAAGAUCUCAAGUUGUUAUAACUGGAACUAUUGGUGGAGUCUAUAAAGCUAGACAGCAAUUGGUGGGAAACCUUCCAAUCGCUUUGAUAUUUGACUUUCCUGACAAUCAAAAUGAUGCAAUGGAAAUAAUGAGCCUUAGUACCAAAUAUGGAGUUUUCAUAUCUCUAAGACAAAAACAACGACAAAGUACAAUGGCUAUCAUUAUAAAAGGUGUAGAGAAAUUUAUUGAUAAAAUCUACGAAGCUCGUCACGAAAUUCUACGCCUAAAAACUCUACUCGUAAAACCCGAAAUUCCAUUGUUAUAUUUCUCACCAAAAGACCAAGAAGUCGAAACAGCUUAUCGUCGAUCAUUGACGUCGCUCUUGGCCAGCUAUCCAGACAGUCCAUUAACACCGACCAAUGUUGCCAAGGCUUCGUCAUCGACAGUUUCACCACAAAUGAAUGCAAAUGCUUUCAAUAACAACAACAACAACAACAAUACCAUGACUCAAAACAUGAACAACUAUGCCGCUAAUAAAUACCAUGGCACUCCCACGGGAAUUUGUGCUCCAACUCAAAAGUAUCUCCAAGCUCAUAACAAUAGCUUCCAUCGUAAUCAGCCGAAUAAUAACAACAAUUACUUGCAAGUGUCGCCAUCUACUCCGGUUAACUGUAUCUCACCGAGGAAUACUUUGAACACUUCUCGGGGCAGUCAGACUAACACGAAUGCGACAAAUGCUAAUGCGAAUAGUCACAAUACGAGUGGAUAUCAGAGUUUUAGUAGUAGCACUACUUCAUUGGAGCAAGCCUAUCCACCGUAUUCGGGACAGGGACAAGGUGGCCAAAGUCAUGGCCCAUAUUCACCAGAUUCGACUUAUAGUAGUGAAGCUGGUUGUCGCGGAGGACGACGGUCAAGCGAUGGUGUAUUGUUGGGGCUUGGAGGAGCUGGAGGCGUUGGUGGAGCAGUUGGAUUUGGACCUGGGAGUGAGAUUUAUCGGAAUCAACAUUUUGAUCUAAGACAACGUGUCUUUGACUUUGAUAUGAAGCGUAUUAUGGGCUUCAAGGCUAUGGAACGAGCACCGAUUAGCGGUGAGCUCCGUACACCAAAUGCCAACUGGAUUGGCUUGGCACUGAGUCGCACAUCGCCGGCACCGUUGGAAACGGGUGACGACAAUAAUGCAUGGAAUCGCAGUAGUGGAUGUGGUGUUGCUCCAAAUGCUGGUGCUGGUGGUGCGAGUGUAGGUGGUGGUGCUGGUGCUGAUGGAGGAGGAGGAAGGAAUGGAAAUGGCGGAAAUAAUAACAAUUCCAAUAAUAAUGCAAACGCAGCAAUUGGUGCUGCUGCUGCUGCAACUGGAGGAAUACCAAUCUCUCCUUAUUGCCUUGGUGCAACAACUGGAAUGAUUGAUUCAACACCAUUAAAUCGCCGUAUACAAAUGUCCCAGCAUAAGAAUAUGCAUUCUCUAUUGACUACUCUCGGAUUGGAACAUUACAUAAAAACCUUCGUUACGAACGAAAUUGAUUUGGAAAUGUUCACAACACUGACUGAAGACGACCUUAUUCAAAUGGGCAUUACGGCAUUUGGUGCACGUAAGAAACUCCUUGUUGCCAUUCAUACAAUGCAAGCAAAUGAGGUUGCGGCUCUAUGUAUGCCAUCUUCAUCUAAUUCAUCGCCACGUUUCUCUGGAUCGGCUGCGCCAGGUGCCGAGAGACGUACCUCUAAUGGAUGGUAGAAUUUUUUUUUUUUUUUGUUCAUAUAAAAAAAAAAUACCCUUUAAAAGGAUUUGCAGGGCUAUCCUGUAUUUAUAGGGGUAAAAAAAGAGAAAAGAAACAAAAAAUGAGGUUAUAUGGGACCUUGCAUGAAAUACUUUGGUACCCAACAAAAUUAAACCUUUGAUUCCUUUCUUUUUUAUUUAAAAUUAAUUUUUUUUUGUAGCUUUUAAGUUUGCAUGCUUUCUGUAACAAUUUAAUUAUAUUUAUAAACAAUAACAAACAAAAAAAAAUAAUUGUAAGGACUUUAUAUCCUGUGGCUUAAAAAUAAGAUGAUGAAUUUAAAAUUCAAAAAAAGUGUUUGUCAAUCAUAAGUGUUCAAUUUAUAUAUUUUUUUAACAGCAACGCUAAGACAAAGCCAAGGAUGUCCUUUAAAUUUUUUUGUUCAUCCUUUUUUUUAUUAAAAAUUAUAUUUAAACGAAAAACUGUACACAUUUGUAAUUAUAACAAAAUCAAAACGAAAAAAAA